AUGAGGGACACCUGUAUUGUAUGGGAAGGGGGUUCUGUCGCUGCCAACAGACAUAUUGCACCAGACCACCUGUUGCAAAUAUGCAAGCAGAUUGGUCCGAUUCUGGACCGAGAGGUUCCGUCUGGUGUGCCAGGAGUCUACUCUCUACUCGGGGCCGGGAAACACUCUUUACUGCGAACGUCAAAAGACUGCGGCAAUAGCAGAUGGAAAGCUUCCACGUUUGCGGCCCUUCAUAGAGGGAGACCACCUGAGAGGCCUUUAAGCUGCAGGGAUGCCAAUAUUGCGGAGGUGUGCCGAGGCAGAGAGCUCACAGGAGCUCAGCGCUUCAGCUCUAUCAACCCUGUCAGCAAUUAUCAGCACAUGAAGAUGCACAGGAGGAUCCUGGGGCAUCUCUCUGCCGUGUACUGUAUAGCCUUUGAUCGAACAGGUUCCAGGAUUUUUACGGGUUCCGACGAUGCCUUGGUGAAGAUCUGGUCCUCUUUUGACGGAAGGCUUCACUCCACUCUCAGAGGACAUUAUGCUGAGAUAUCAGAUCUUGCAGUUAACUUUGAGAAUACCCUUAUUGCGGCCGGGAGCUGCGACAAAACCAUUCGAGUCUGGUGCCUUCGUACUUGUGCCCCAGUGGCGGUCCUGCAGGGCCACAGUGGAUCUAUUACCUCUUUACAGGUCCCAGGAAGAGAAAACAUUGCAGAUGAGCAUCUAGUCCCUCAACUGGGCUACGUCGCUACAAGUGAUGGUGAGGUCGUGGAGCAGGUGAUCAGUCAGCAGUCUGCGGAGAGCGAGGAGGUUCGUCACAGCACCUUGGAUUUUGCCAUCCACCAGCUUCAGCAGCACCAGGACAGACAGGUUGCAGCUCAUCCAGAGGGUGGUGUUCCUGCUCCUGCCCGUGUGCCAGAGCCUGGAACUCCCCGCAGAGUGUCACUCAACGAGCGCAUGGACGUUCAAUCUCCACCUAAUGUGGGUUUACGGCGCAGUGGACAGGUAGAGGGAGUCCGGCAGAUGCACCAGAAUGCUCCACGCAGUCAGAUGGCCACAGAGAGGGACCUUCAGGCCUGGAGACGCAGGGUGGUGGUGCCUGAGCUUACAGCAAGUGGCUACAGGGCGCAGGAGUCAUUCAGAAUAACGAAGGGUGAGGAGGAGGUCACCCUUUACAACACCAAGAGAAGGAGAGUGGCCCACACCACCUUCAGGGAUGAUUCUGAUGACGAAGAGCUGGGCCUCAAACGUGCACAGUCCCGUAAACGGCAGAAGAAUCAGGAGCGUAAAGAGAGUCUAGCUGAAGAGUACAUCGAGUUCUCAUGUGAGGAGGGGGAGGAAACGGCAUCUUCUGAGGGCAGUGAAAUCAAGGGCAGUGACGUUGAUUUGUCUGUUGAGGAUGAAGAGGAAUGGAGGAGUGAUAGCUCAAGUCACUCCUCCAGUGAUUAUUCCGACUGGAUGGCAGAUGCAGGAAUAAGUUUGCGACCAACUGCGUCUCCAUCGUCUCGGUGGCGUGCAAGCCGCAGGAUCAGCAGCUCUGAGGAAGAGGAUGAGGAAGACGAAGAUGUAGCAGAUGAGGAUCAAACCAUAGAUGAAGAAGAACAGGUGUCUUCACCCCAAAAGCACAAGAAAGCCAAAAGCAAAACACCAAAGCAACCAAAACCGAGACUGCCCGUUAAUAGAGAAAUCUCGAUUGAGUUCCGUCCCUCAGCAUGGAUUACUGACGUCAUUCCCCGAAAAUCCCCCUUCGUCCCUCAAAUGGGAGACGAGGUCAUCUAUUUUCGUCAGGGUCAUGAGGCAUAUGUGGAUGCAGUCUGCAGGACUAACCUGUACCCCAUUAACCCAGACAGACAGCCAUGGAAGAAGAUGGAGUUAAGAGACCAAGAGUUUGUGAAAAUAACAGGGAUCAAGUAUGAAGUGUGCCCUCCAACCCUGUGCUGUCUGAAACUCACCCAGAUUGACCCUGGAACAGGCAAAAUUACAGACCGAUCCUUUUCAAUAAAAUAUCAUGAUAUGCCGGAUGUAAUUGAUUUUCUGGUGCUGCGUCAAAGCUACGAUGAGGCACGGCACAGAGUGUGGACAUCGAGUAAUCGGUUUCGCUCUGUGAUCGAUGACGCCUGGUGGUUUGGGACCAUAGUUUGUCAGGAACCAUAUCAGUCCGAAUAUCCCGACAGCCUUUUUCAGUGCUUCAAAGUCAAGUGGGACAAUGGGGAGACAGAAAAGCUGAGUCCUUGGGACGUGGAGGCUAUUCCUGAACACGCUGAGCAGCCGGAGUCGGAGAGUGCAGGAGUGCCAGUGACAGAUGAGGAGAUGAUGGAUAUCCUGUAUAAACCUCAGGAGGAUGAAUGGGGGGACAAGGGUCGAGACCAAGAGAGUGCACGCAUCAUUGCAGGCAUAGAACAGCUUGUGUCUGUGGCUAUUGCAGCACCUUUCUCUGGUCCGGUCGACCUCACUCAGUAUCCAACAUAUUGUGCUAUCAUUGCAUACCCCACCGACCUUAACACCAUCAAACUGCGGCUUAAGCACAACUUCUACAGGAGACUGUCUGCAUUGAUCUGGGAUGUAAAACACAUUGAACAAAAUGCCAAGACUUUUAAUGAGCCCCGCAGCAAGAUUGCACAGUCUGCAAAAAUCAUAACAAAUGUUCUUCUGAAGUUCAUAAGUAAACUUCACUGUACAGAUAUUAUGGAGAUCUACAAUGCCGUUGAAAACAUGGAGUACUCUGAAGAUGAGGACAUGGAUGACAUUGAUGCACCUGGAACCUCUGCAGGACAAAGACUUCGCCAGUCAUCACUGGAGGUUGUGCAGGACAGGGAUGCAUGGAAGGACCACUGCAAACGUUUGCUGGACUACAUGUUUGAGUGUGAGGAUUCAGAGCCGUUCCGGGAUCCUGUAGAUCAGAGAGAAUAUCCUGAUUACUGUAAUAUUAUCGACACCCCUAUGGACCUUGGAACAGUGCGGCAAACUCUUGAAGAAGAGCGCUAUGAAAAUCCCAUAGACCUCUGCAAGGACACCAGACUUAUUUUUGCCAAUGCUAAAGCCUACACGCCAAACAAACGGUCAAAGAUUUACAGUAUGACUUUGCGACUGUCAGCGUUUUUCGAGGAGAGUAUACAAAAAAUCCUUUCAGACUAUAAGACUGCCAUCAAAAGUAGCUUAAAGCUGCGACGGAGUCAAAGAUUCAGGAAGAAAUUACAGCAUCAGGAGUCGGCUCCUUCCAGCCAAGGAUCCUCACGUCAAAAGAGGUCUACUUUAAAAACUCAGGAAAACACAGAACAGUCUACAGCCAAAUCUACCUUAGCCAAAGUGUCUGGACCAGAGCGCCGCAGAGUCAAUGAAGCCAAGGACACCUUCAGACGGAGUUGCUCAUCUUCAUCCGGGUCUGACCAUGACAGCAAACAAUCUCUGAGUCAGUCGGAAGAGGAUGAGGAACCUUCAUCCUCAUCUCGUGUCUGCAGACGAGAGACUAGAGCCACAAGAAGAGCUGCACAGAAUAAUGGAGCAAAACGCAGACAUGAGGGCCAUGCCAAGAUGAAUGGGCACAACAGGUCACACGCGCGUCAGAGACCACGACCCUGCAGCGAUUCUGACCAAGAGCCUUCGCAAGGCUCUGACACCUCAGAGAACGAGUCGUCAUCAUCAUCUGUCAGUCGCCGGCCGAGAGCCCGCAAGACCGCCAUGGCAGCAGUUAAUAAGAUGAAACUCAUGGAUAUCCUGGAAGACGAUGAAGGCUCGGAUGAGGAGGGCCGUGGAGGCAACACCCGACCUGCGACCCGUGCUAGCAAACGCUCUGCUGUAAUUCAGAGCAGUUCUGAUUCAGAAGAGGAGGAAGACGUGUCAAAUGAAAGUGACGUUUCAGCCAGUGAAGAAGAGAAAAGUGAUGGCAGCUCAGACAGUAAUUCAUCUUCUCAAAGCAAAGCGGAGAGUAGAACUGCUGGGCGCAGACCAUCUAGAAGAUCAGCAGAAAAAGAGGAAACGUCUCCUUUCAUUAAUGGACACAGCACCAAACGGCAACGAGUGGAAAGUGAGGACAACACAGAUGAUGGGGAGAGUCAGAAUGAAAGUGUGAACGGGGAGUCAGACGAGGAUCUCGUUGUCAGGCGGAAGUCCACCAGGAAGACUGCAAAAGCCGCUGUCACUAAAAUAAAAAAAUUGAAUGACACUGAUGCUGAAGAAGAGAAUUGCUCCAGAGACCGACGUCAGAAAAAUCGGCCAAGCAAGCAGGAUUCUGAAAGGAGUUCUGAUGAGGAUGUUGAGGUGCCCAAAACUCUAAAGCACCCUUAUCAAAACGGAAGGAAGGUGGAUGCGAAAGAGCUGAAGAGGAGUAAAGCACCAUCAGAAAGCCAAGAACAAGCUUCUGCCACAAAACAGCAGGUUACCCGCAAAAAAAACUCAACCACAGAUGCAUUAACAUCAACCACCCAGGACUCAGAGGAGCUCAGUGAUGUUUCAGAAAAAUCUGUUGCUCGCAUGAAGAGAAUUAAAUCGGAAGACGAAGAAAAUCAAAGUGAUGGUGAAGAAAAAAGGUCGCUCAGAAACCGAAAGUGUGCGUCCAACGCUCGCAGAAAGAAGCUUGAGGCAAUGUCGGAUGCCUCCAGUUCGCAAAGUGAAGAGGAGGCAGACCGAAGACAGAGGAAAAAGGAGGAUACUUCCUCUGAUGAAUGGCAAAAGAGCGACGCAUCGGAGGAGGACAAGAAGGCACAUCCGAGGAGGAAGCCUUGCCUUAAAGUUGCAUCCAAAGGAAUCUCUCUUAGAACUCUUCCCAAGAAGAGCUACAUUAUGGAGGACUCGGAUGAAGAAUUCAGUCCAGAGAUGGAGAUUAAUUCGAAGAAUGGAAAGCGCAAGGAGCGGGCCAACUCCAGGGCAAGAAACCCACCAGGCGGUACCUCAAAAAGAAAACGUGGUGGCUCCUCAGAGUCUGAAGACGCAGACAACAAAAGUAGUAGGACCAGUGAUGAAAACGAGGGCAUGACACCUCAAAGAAAGCAUGCGAACCGCUACAAGCGCUUGAGGGGCUCGACGGCCUCUGAGAGUGACUCCGAAUCUAGGUGCAAAUCAGAGAAUGAUCGGGAGCGAUGGUCUCAGGAGAAGCUUCCCAAGGCGACCCGGCAACAACGGAAGCAAAGCGACGAAGGAAGCAACGAGGAUGAUGAUGGAAGCGACUCUGAAAGCGAAGAGUCUGGGGAGUCUGAAUCAGAUGCCAGCUCAGGUUCACGGAGCAGUCCGAAGAGAAAGCUAAGAGACCGUGGCCGAGGAACCACACGCUCCAGGAAACAUCAGAGGGAUGUUUCUGAUGAGGAUAGCGACGUGUCGUAUGAGAAACCUCGACGGGCCACGCGCAUCCGGACCAGAAACAGAGGCAAACGGACUGUGAAUUAUCAAGACAGCGAAUGAAGGAUUUGGGCGGUUGAGCCAUGCAAGAGACACUAACUGGAGACCUUGAAGACACACUUGAUUGUCCCAACAUAAAAAACAAUGGUAGUAGCACUGGAGUCCUCGAUAUACUGUGAAUCAGUUUCAUUCAGGGAUAUUUAUGUUUUCUAUGAAAAAAAUGGAUUCUAAAUAAGAUGUAUUUGAUCUACUGGUUUGGCUAUUCAAACCAGCCCAUCUCUGUGAUUCGGCCAACAGGAAAGACUGCAUGGAGAAGCAUUGUUUGCUUGGGUGCUAUCCUAAUAUACCUCCUGUUUAAUUGAGCAUAUUUGCUGGCUUGCACUAAAAGGCACACUGUAAUGAGGUAUUUUAUACACUAGUUCUGCAUUAGAAACUCAGGGGUCAACUACGUUUACCAUAUUCUCAAACUUAACUUUAGCUCUAGGAUUCUAGUGUCAUAUUUUCGACAUGAGCAUUUAGGUCCAAAAACACUUUAUGAAAACGAACAAGUCGUCUUUGACUCUGACAAACAAAUUCUGUAUUUCCGCUGUUAAAGGGAUCGUUGAGCCAAAAUGUACAAAUGUUUUUUUUCCUGUCAUCUGUCACCUUUUGGUUCCUCUUUUUUAUUUUUUUUCUUUGACCAUAUUUCCAGGUUUUUGAGAGUCGGUUUGUAGCAAAGCGUUGUAUAUUUAAAUUCCUUUGUCGAGCAUUAUUAUUUUUUUUUCUUUUUGUAUUCAAAUGAGAUGAAUUGCCAUGCCAUGAACUAUGAACUGGUACCUAUUUGCUAAGUACAGUAAAUCAAAUGAGUACUUCCAGCAAAGAACUGUGAUUUCUCAUAUUGGGAAGACGGUUUAGUGAUCUGUGUUGCAAACUUUCAGUAUUAAUUCCUUUUCAGACUUAACUUAUGAACAGCAAUUAACUUUUGUAUGCAGUCUUUGAAUUGUGCAUCGCCGUUUAUGUAAUGCAGUUGUUAUUAGGCAUUUUGCUUGAUGUCUUUUUCAUAUGAGCUUCUUUAAUACAAGGAUGAUAAGCCUGUUGGCCGCUUAAGUGUGAGAGGGAUGGCUUCCUAUGAAUAAAGAACUAUUUCACGU